AAUUGAACUGUCGAACUUGUGUAAAAGGAAAAGUAAACAAAUAAAUAUAUUUUUGAAUUUCGAUUUUUGUGCGUAAAAACAUCAUGGACGAUUUCAAAGGUACCCCCGAAAGCGAUUUCAGCAUAGAAUGCUUUCAAAACUACACAGCCCCAGAAGUUUUUAUCCAAGGAUUAGCUGGAAUUGUGGAUCAGCAGGAUGUGGAAACGAUGAUUAGGGCUCAAAAACAGAUGUUGCAACGAUUUGAAAAAACCAAUGAAAUGUUGACAAACUGCAACGCCUUGAGCGCUUCCAGGCUUAAAACUGUCGGACCAGAGUUCAGAAAGCACGUACAACUUUUGGGCGAAAUGAAACGAGAUUUGGACUAUAUUUUCAAGAAAAUCAGAGCUGUCAAGGUGAAACUGUCUCAGCAAUAUCCUGAGAGCUUUGCUGAAGCCGCAAGGAGUAGCUAUGCUGAAGAAUGUGAGGAGGAUGAAAAUUUUCAAAAAAACAAAGAUAACCGGCGUAGUCUUCAUAUAAAAAAUGAGGCGACAAGUGCUGAGCAGAAUCGACGAGCUUCUAAGUAAUUUUUAAAAAAAUAAUCACGUUGGUUUUGUCAUUAAUUUUCUUAUGAGGCAAACAAAGCAUUUUACUAAACAAAAUCCAAGAUUUGGACAAGAUACAAAAAGGUUGGUGAUUACAGAUUGCGUUUUUAUCUGUCAGAUUGUAUACCUGAUAGUUUAUCAAAAGGUGGAUAAACCAGCCCUAAUUCAACUUUUUAUUGGUGUGUUCCAAGUUCCAAUAACAAGAACAAUCAGAGAGCUUUAUUACAACAGACAAGAAAUCUCUCUUAAGUAUAAAAUUGUAUAGUAUUUUUCAUAAAAAAGUCCAACAGCUACUUAUAGUGAUUUAGGAACUUUGUUUAUAAAGAAUACUCUAAAUUCUGAAUUAAACUUAAUUAUUCCUCAAGAAACACAUUUAGCAUACUUCUGAGUAUACUCUUUGGCUUUUCUGACAUACUCAGAGUGGUUCCUGAAAAAAAAAAAAAAAAAAAUUACAUACAUUGGUCAAUAUUAAAUCGUUUUUUAAAUGUAAAAUUAAAUUAAAAAUUCCACUAACAUAUUGCCCAAAACACAAACUGGCAUUGGUCCCACCGAAUCCAAAAGCAUUUUUCAGCGCCACCCUCCUUUUCGACUCCCAUUUCUGUGCCUUUCCAAUUACAAAAUUGACAUUUUCAAAAUCGUUCUUCUCUAAAUUAAUGGUCGGAGGCAGAGCCCCUUCAAAUAUUGCCUUAACUGUGAGCGCAGCUUCCAGAUUGCCUGCAGCCCCUAAUAAGUGCCCGUGGGCCCCUUUUGUUGAUGAAACAGCAACAUUGUUAUUUGGAAAUAGUUUAUUUAUAGCCCUAAUUUCAAUUGCAUCACCCAUGGGUGUUGAAGUGGCGUGAGCGUUAAUAUAAGUGACUUCAUUAGGGGUUAUUUGAGCAUCGUUUAGGGCUCGACUCAUGGCCAGAAAAGCCCCUAAACCGUCUGGGCUAGGUGCGGUCAAAUGGCUUGCAUCUCCUGAUAAGCCAUAGCCUAAAAUUUCUCCAUAAAUUCUAACAUUUGGACGUUUUAGGGCACUAUUCAGCUCUUCCAGAACUAUAAUAGCACUGCCUUCACCCAUAACAAACCCAUCUCGAAGUUUGUCAAAAGGCCUUGAGGCUUUAGAGGGAUCCUCAUUAAAAUUUGUACUCAAAGCUCUUAGACGACAAAAAGAGGCUAUACUUAAAGGACUAAUGGGGCUCUCUGUGCCCCCACAAAUCAUCAUAUCUGCAUAAUUAUUUUGUAUAAAUCGAAAAGAGUCUCCUAUGGCGUGUGCCCCAGACGCACAAGCAGUAGAUACUGUGUGAUUAGGGCCUCUAAAUCCAUAUUUUAUACUUAUUUGCCCUCCAGCUAAGUUAGGCAAAAUUCUAGGUAUAAAAAAGGGGCUGACCUGUUUGUAGCCCCUCUUCAGGGCUUCGUACGUCUCACAAAUGUCCUGCAAAUCCACCAUACCCAUUCCCACAGCCACUCCAGUAUUUAAUUUCAAAUUUUCAUCUUCUAAAUCAACUUGGGCGUCUCUCAGGGCUUCGCCGGCCGCCAAGAGGGCAAAACCCGUGGCCGGGGCCAUCGAUUUCAGCUGCGUUUUAGUGAAGUGGUCGGAUAAAUUGAACUUUUGCCCGUUUUCUUUAACGUAGCCGCCAAUUUUACAGGGCAAACCCUCAAAUUCGGGCCCCAAUUUCGUAAUGCCGCUGUGGCCGUCCAUGAGAUUUUGCCACGAUUCUUUCAGGCUAGCCCCCAGGGGACUCAGGACUCCUAUGCCAGUAACUACCACACGUCUUUUUUGCAUUUUGGAAACUAUUUUUUAUUGUAUUUUGGACUCAAGUGUAAAAAUAAUAAAAAUGUAAAUAAAAACAAUGGACAUUAUAACCUCAAAAAAUCAUUUUGACAGCCUGCAUUUAG